UUGAUAAAUAGGAACAAAUACUAAUAAUAAAUAAUUUAAUAAUGAUAUCCAAACCAAAAAGCAUCGCACUUUGCGACAUCAACGAUCCUUGCUACCUGUAUCCAGGAAGCGUGUUUGCAACUAUUGCCAAUGCUGAGCCUGAUGAUAUUUUCUCUGUUUUUAGUACCUCAAGAAGUUCUCCUCAGUCACAAUCAGAUCAAUUGAGUCCUACUAAACUCUCUGGACAACAAGUAUCUCAUGUAGCCUGAGAUAUACCUCAGCCAAAUGAUUUUGGCAGCUACUUAAGAAAAUCUGUAAAUGGAGAAGAAGUUGAAGGUACUUUCGGAGAUAAUCCAAAUUCUGGCCAAGCCACCUCUACUCAGAAGAUCUCUAUCAAGGGCAUGACUAGUUCUAACAGAAGAGAUGUCGCUUAUAAGUCAGCGAUUAGACUUCUCAGAACAUUUUAUAGAAAUCUCUUUAAAAUUCAAAACCCUGACAUUGUCCAAAAGACCUACCAAAAGUCCACUCUCGAGCAUGUUUAUGAGAGAGUUCAUGCCAUGCUGGCUGAAUUGAUUCCUCCUGAGAGCUUUACCAGAGACCUCGUUUAUUAUACCAUUGGGAUGGUAGGGAUCAAGAAAGCGUCUGAAUUGCCAUGUUGUUGGGGCAUCAAAACUCAGAUUACUACAUUCCAAAGAUGUACAAAAAAGUUCUCAAGAAUCAGGUUUGAUAAUGCUCUAGAGUCAGAAAACCUGAGAACUCUAGCCAGGUGUCUAGUUCAGGAAUUGGAUGAUGCCAGAGUAAAUAUCUUCAUUGAAGAGUUGAGUUAAACACUGACUUGGUACAUUAAGAGUCAAAGAUGAGCUUUGUUUCACCCUCUGGAGUGUUUUUACCAUAGAAGGAUAUUUCUCUUCUGUAGACAUCCAGAAAUCUGUGAAAGAGCUCUGAAACUAAUUCGUUAAUUUUUACUAAAACUUCAAUAAGCCAAAGUUUCAUUCUUCUUCAUCUUCUUUAUGGGUAGGUUUAGAAAGAUAGGAUUAAUAAAUGUUGAUAAAAGUUUCAUUUGGGUUAUUUCGGAUGCUUAUAACUUUGGAAGUAAAUAUCUAUAAUCAAGUGUUCCACUGUGUCUCUUUUCGGACUCAAAUUUCGUG